AACAAUAUGGCGACCAAAAUAACGAUUUCAAAAUUAUUUCGUCCAAGAGUUUUAUCGGCAUUUUGCACAAAAUACUCUGGUUUUAAACACUAUUCUGGGCUUUUAUAUCAAAGUACUGCUACAAAUACUGAACAAACACAAGAUGAAGGAUUGAGUCUCAGUGAUAACUGCGUUAAGGUUGGUGAGUUUAUAUGACUAGACUGUCAGUAUUAAAUUCAGACUGAUAUAUUAUUGUAUUAUUCUUUAAUAUAUUUCAGCAACUGCACAAGAUUGGUGUAGCAGACAAAUUUCUUCGUGUAAUUGUGGAGGGAGGAGGCUGUUCAGGGUUUCAAUACAAAUUUGAACUGGAUGAAAAAUUGCAGGAUGAUGACAAGUAAGAAUGAACUCAAUAAUCGUGAUAUCUUCCACGAUUGUAAUUUGAACCCCUGCCCUACUCCCCUAGUGCGAACCAAUACCAUUUAAUGUCUGGUUUGCACAGAAAACUCAUAAACACAAAUAUUUAAUGAUUAGUGCUACCUCCAUCCCCUGGAACACAUCGCACCAAAUUAAAUUAUUUUGGUCUUCAGGAAAGAACAAUUCUGGAAAAAACCGCAAUCACAGAUUGAAAGUUGCUUCAUGAAAUGGCGAAAUGCUUGUUUAGAUAGAUUCAAGUAUUCAUUUUUGGGCAUAAAUUAUUUCUCAAUGUGUAAUAUCACAAUUUAUCUUUCAGAGUAUUUGAAAGAGACGGUGCUAAAGUGGUCAUAGAUGAAAUGUCACUGGAUAUUCUAAAAGGUUCUGAAAUUGACUACAGCCAGGAACUGAUACGCUCAUCAUUUCAAGUUGUUAACAAUCCUCGAGCUGAGAUGGGUUGUUCGUGCGGUGUGUCGUUUUCUAUAAAACUAGACUAAAAUUAGACUGUGCACAGACUUUGGCUUCCCUAGACUAAAAUUAACUUGUAAACAUUGUAAAUAGCACAUAAUUAUUUGGAUAUUUUUAUAAUAAUAAACUAUAUAAAUUCGAGGUCUA